GAAGGACCCGGAGGGGAAGGAGAAAAAAAAAAAUCAAAACAAAAUAGAAACUGGCCCGAGAUACUGAAAAGACAGUUGACAACAGCCUAGCUCCGCAUUCUUGACCGCACCCACGCGGUCAUUCAUCUCUGGCACAUUCCUUCACUAUUUCCAGAUAGAUGGACCUGGGCCCCGGCACUAGAGGUGACCUUGGGUAGCCAUGCAGCCGCUUCCAGACCGUUUCUUUGCCUAUGGAACAGGUGACAUCGCAGCUUGGCCUUCCGAGCCAUUCGCGGGGCGGGGCGGGACGGAGCGGUGACGGUCUGCUUUGCCGGAUUCUCGCCGGGUCUCCCCGAGUGUAGACGCCUCAGGUCCUUGAAGAGUGUCCAGUUCCUCUCCCGGAAGAGAGAACCAGAACCCUUGCACAGCUCAGGCCACCCAGAAAAUAAGAACCGGAGGCGUUACACCUGCCUUUUCAUGAAGGGCUCGGUGGAGUGACUCAGCGGUGACUGGGGUGGUCUCGGACGCUUUGGCAGCCUUCCCUGGACGUGGACCACCAGUCUCUUGACAGUCCUGCUACAGUGAGGAUGGCAGCUACAGGAACUGAAGCAAAGGACCUCGAAAACCAUCACAAUGACUGCUUCGUUCAAGUUUCAAAUCCAAACAUAGCAACAAUGAAGGAAGAUGUCCUCUACCAUUUCAACCUCAGCACUAGCACACAUGAUUUCCCUGCUAUGUUUGGAGAUGUGAAGUUCGUGUGUGUUGGUGGAAGCCCUUCCCGGAUGAGUGCCUUCAUCAGGUAUGUGGCGGCUGAGCUGGGCCUUGACCAUCCAGGGAAAGAAUAUCCCAACAUCUGUGCAGGCACUGACCGCUAUGCCAUGUAUAAAGUCGGACCUGUGCUGUCUGUGAGCCAUGGCAUGGGCAUCCCUUCCAUUGGGAUCAUGUUGCAUGAGCUCAUCAAGAUGCUGUACCAUGCCCGGUGUUCCAACAUCACCGUCAUCCGCAUCGGCACUUCCGGUGGUAUAGGUCUGGAGCCUGGCUCUGUGGUCAUCACCCAGCAGGCUGUGGAUGAGUGCUUCAGGCCAGAGUUUGAGCAGAUUGUCCUGGGAAAGCGGGUGGUUCGCAGCACCAACCUGGACGCGCAGCUGGUGCAGGAACUGAUGCAGUGCUCCUCGGACCUGAAUGAGUUCCCCACGGUUGUGGGCAACACCAUGUGCACCUUGGACUUCUAUGAGGGACAAGGCCGUCUGGAUGGUGCCCUCUGCUCCUACACAGAGAAGGACAAACAGGCCUAUCUGCAAGCAGCCCAUGCCGCAGGUGUCCGAAAUAUUGAGAUGGAAUCGUCAUUAUUUGCCACCAUGUGCAGUGCCUGUGGCCUGAGAGCGGCUGUAGUGUGUGUCACCCUUCUGGACAGACUGCAGGGAGACCAGAUCACCACCCCCCAUGACGUGCUGGUAGAGUACCAGCAGAGACCCCAGCGGCUGGUGGGCCACUUCAUCAAGAAAAGCCUGGGGAAGGCCUGAGGCUCUGCCUGUGCCUCGACACUCCUGGCCAAUAAAUCUAUUUUUCAUA